AUGGCUCUCAACAGAUACGAAGAUGGAGAAGUUCGGAGGUAUGGAGCAGGCGAAUCCUACCGACCGUAUAACAGAGAUCGGUCGCCUCGGGCCACUCGCAGUCCCCUGCCCCCGAAAGAUCGAGGCCGUACUCCGCCCGGCGCCAGCGACAGCUACGUUCCCAGCAGAUCCCCACGCCGCCGUUCGCGUAGUGGUGACCGGCUGGUGGAUCGCAUAGGAGAACGUGGAGAUCGGGUAGGAGAUCGUUUGGCAGACCGCAUUGGAGAUCGUGGAGGAGAUCGCGUGGGAGACCGUUUGGUCGAUCGUAUCGGAGAUCGUGUAGGCGAUCGCCUGGCUGAUCGCGUUGGUGACCGGUUGGGAGAUCGUCUUGGGGACCGUCUAGGCGACCGCAUUCGUGACCGUGUGGGUGACCGUAUGGGUGACCGUAUCGGCGAUCGUAUGGGUGACCGUCUGCCGGACCGUCUGCCAGAUCGUAUGCCGGACCGUUUGGGAGAUCGCAUGGGAGAUCGCCCAGGCGGAGUGGGCGACCGGUAUAGACGCCCGCGAGAUAGGUCCAGGGAACCAGAGAACACUUGGAGACGACAGGAUCGUAGCAGAAGUCGCCCUCGCAGCCCUCCUCCUCGCAGCCCUUCACCGCCACCAAGACGGAGCCCCCCUCCCAGAAGAAGCCCUCCGCCCAGAUUUGCCUCUCCCCGGCGCGACGAGCGACCUGAGAGGGCUCGAUCACCCCCACCCCCUCGGCGGGAAUUUGAGAUCCGGAGAAGGUCUAGGUCACCAUUUGACAACAGAGACAGAUUUCGCCGGAAUCGAUCACCGCUGAGGAGGACACCUCCUGUCGGACCGCGAGGGGGAUCUUAUCGUCCUCGGUUCCGAUCUCCAGAACGCCGCGUCCGUGACCAGGACGAUCGUUAUCCAGCCCCGGCCUUCCGACGCCCUGUUUCCCCCCCGCCGGCCAGAGAUUCAGUCAACUCAUCUGCUAUUGCGUCUCGCUCUGCGUCGGGCAAGUCUUCACCGCGUCCGAGCUCUCGCCAGAGAAGGGAUGACCGAUCAAGACCCCAAUCACCAGCACCGGCACCGACACAAGCACCGCCGUCGGUACAGGCACAGACAGAGGCACCUGCACCUGCACCGCGAUCCCCUCCACAGCCGGCCCCGCCCACUCCGAUUCCUGUGCGUGAGACGCCCAAGCAGGAGCAACGGCAACCGGCGCCGGAGCCAGCUCCCACUCCCAUUCCCGUCAAGUCGCCCCCUAGAGGCCCCGCAGCUUUGAGAGCACCACCCACUGGCCCUGCGGCGACUAGGACCCUGGCACCGCCUUCGGGGCCCUCAGCCAGCCCUGCAACCCGUCAUCCUCCUCAGACCCCCAGCGGCCCGUCCCGACCCGACACCUCCAGCCCGCCCGUACCACCGUCGGGCCCUCGUGGCUACGUGCCUCCUCCCCGAGGCGCUGGCUUCGCUCCCCGCGGAGGACGUGGCGGAAACAGCUGGUCAGGCAUCUCUCGCCACAACUCGGUCAACAACAGCAACACCAACGGCCCCGCGGCCUCGGUCUCGCCCUCCUCCGGCGGCGGCCCUCGCACCGGCGGCCCCAGCAACGCCAACAACAUCCCCACCGGCCCUCGGGGAUCCAUAGCCGCCGCAUCAUCCGCCGCCUCCGCACCCGUUGCCUCUACUUCGUCCCCCUCUCCCUCCCUCAGUAGCUCCGCAAAGCCGUUUAACCCACCCACCGGCCCUGCCGCCCAUGCCCAUGCCCAUUCUCAUCACGGCCACGGCCCGCGCGGCCAUCAGCAGUCUUUGACUCUAGCGCAAUCCCUCAUGGCCAGCAUGCCCCCGCUCAUCCCGGGCGUCGGCAAGCUGGCCUGUCCACCGGCUCGGCCAUGUUGA